CUCCAAGUGCGGCGCCCCCGACUCGGCGCUCGGCUCCGCUCGGGCAUUUCCGCCUCUUUGUUUUAAACUCCGGACGGGUUUUUUUCUCCUGCUCCUGGGGGGACCCGGAGGGAGCGGCGCCCCCUCCCCCGCCCGGCGCGGACCCCGCGUGCGUCCCGCUCGCCUGCAGCCAAGACGGCAGAGUUGCUGCGUUUCUCACCGUAGAGAUGGGAAUGGCUAGAGACAGUUCAUUUUCCCCGACCUUGCGUUAAAGGCAGCUGGUGAAGAAGACUGACGUCAGAAAUCAGAAGAGGCAUGUCUUAGUCAGCUCGGCUGCUGUAACAAAAUGUCAAGACGGGGUGGUUUAACGACACAGUCCGUCCUGGAGGCUGAAAUCCAAGGUUUCAAAAUGUAGCUGAGGUUUCCACGCCGCCAUGUACAGAAGAUGGACAGAGAGCAGGGGCAGAAGGGAGGCGCAAAAGUGCAAGGCCAGCGUGCAGAGUGAAGCCACCAACCCAGAGAAGAGCCUCCACACAGUAGCUUGAAGCGCUGAUGCAAAGGCUGAAGGGGGAGCAGAAGACACCAAGAGGAGAAGCCAAAGAUGUUGACCAGAAAGAUUAAACUCUGGGACAUAAAUGCCCACAUCACCUGCCGCCUGUGCAGUGGAUAUCUCAUCGACGCGACCACAGUGACCGAGUGUCUGCACACGUUCUGUCGGAGUUGCCUGGUCAAGUAUCUGGAGGAGAAUAACACCUGCCCCACAUGUAGGAUUGUCAUCCACCAGAGCCACCCGCUGCAGUACAUCGGGCAUGACAGAACCAUGCAGGAUAUUGUUUACAAGUUGGUUCCAGGCCUCCAAGAAGCGGAAAUGAGAAAACAGAGGGAAUUCUACCACAAAUUAGGCAUGGAAGUGCCUGGAGACAUCAAGGGGGAGACAUGCUCUGCAAAACAGCACUUAGAUUCCCAUCGCAACGGUGAAACCAAAGCAGAUGACAGUUCGAACAAAGAAACUACAGAAGAGAAGCAGGAAGAGGACAAUGACUAUCACAGAAGUGAUGAGCAGGUGAGCAUCUGCCUGGAGUGCAACAGCAGCAAACUGCGCGGCUUGAAACGGAAGUGGAUCCGCUGCUCGGCCCAAGCCACAGUCCUACAUCUAAAGAAGUUCAUCGCCAAAAAACUUAACCUUUCGUCUUUCAACGAGCUGGACAUUUUAUGCAAUGAGGAAAUCCUGGGCAAGGACCACACACUCAAGUUUGUGGUUGUCACAAGGUGGAGAUUCAAGAAGGCGCCGCUCCUGCUGCACUACAGACCCAAGAUGGACUUGCUGUGAGCGCCGGCAGCACGGCAGGAGGCAGCCUCGCACCCGGGGCCAGUGAGCGCGGGGGCAGGACCACGACCGCGCUGUGGAAUGUUGCCUCCGGGUGUCGUGUGGACCAGACUUCUGAAUAGAGAAUAUUUAUAACUUUUGUAUGAGAGAAUUCCCACUCAGCCAGACACUACCAGCACCACGUCGCAGGUGAUGAAGCGCUCCACCGUCUCGCGCAGCUCGGCCGCGCUGCUGUAGCUUCGGCUCGCGGCUGGAGGGCGGUGCAGUAAGGCACAUUCUGUCCUGACACGCAGGACCUUUGCUCGCUUCCCAGGUCUUGAAAAUCUUGGUCAUUUCAGUUUAGUUUAUAAAUUAAGUUUCACGAUAAGCCUCAAAAAUACUUGUAUGUUUAUUGAAUACUUCCUAAGUUAUUGAAAAAAUAUCUUUUCAUGGUGAAUGAUAUUUAUGUUGCCUUUAGCUUCCUGAAGACUGCGAAGAUAUAUAAAAAUUUAAUUUAAAAGCAUACCAAAAGAGGUUUCCAUUAAUAUUAUGAGUCAACCAUGGUAUUUACUUUUCCACAGUUCAAAACAUAACGAGGCCAAGAGCUCCCCUGACUCGCCUCGUGCGGUGUGGUGUCCUCAGCCCCCAUAGCUCCACCGACACGCUGGGGGCCAGGCAGCCCUGUGGCGGGAGAGACUCUGUCCCGCUGCCCCCCGAAAUGGACACGGCUGAGACUUGGUGCUCACCGUCCCUGGCACGCCCAGCUGGUAGACCAGAGGUCGUUUGUCCAGCUUACUGCUGGUCUGUUGAACAACUGUUGUGAAAAACGGCUUUUAUUGAACAGGGCACAGAUUGUUCCGUGCCAUCGUUUAAUCUCCUACUCAUUCUUUCCCAUUUUCAUUCUGCUGAAGAGAGGUGGUGGCGUUUGUGGAGGGGCUUUUCCAUCAGACGAGCGGUGCCGCCCUGCGAGGGCGUCUGCUCCGGCAGCUCCAGGUGUGCAGACGCCUGGUUCCCACCACGUCCACCCUCCCCUCCUCUCUGCUCAUGGAAAGAGCUCGCACACUUCGUGGCUGCUAAUGGGCCAAGCACAGGAGCAGGGGGGUAGCGGAGUGCCCGGGGGAGUGCGCCGUGCGGCAGCAGCUGCUUGUCCAGUGACUUGAUGACCUAUAACGCCGGUCACAGGCAGCACACACUCGGUUACCCCCUCCUCCUCCCAAAUGUUAAUAUGUUUGUGGAUUUAGAGAAUAAACUGCCAGCACAUAGAUAUCUGUUACUUUAAAAUGGUGUAAAGGCAAGAAUGAGGAGACAGGACCAGUCCUCUGGAGCCAUCACAGUCGUCCUGGAGCUUCCUUGUCACCUCCGUCCGUGUGUCCUCUGACUUCCCAGUGAGCUUCAGGUCCUCCUCCUUUUCUGGUGGGAGUGGCUCACCCACCGCCCUUGUCAGUGGACAGGUCUCUGAUGGUGGCCCCGAGGGCUGGGUUUUCCAGGAAGUAUUUCAUCUUAGUGACUAGAAUCUUUUCUUGAAUUUGCUUUGAAAGUUAAAGUUGCGCUCAUCAACAUUCAAUUUUGUUUGUUUUCUUCUGCUUCCUGUUUUACAUACAUGAAUGUCAGAAGCAGCUACUGAGACCUAGUCUAAAGGAUGAGAAAAACAUUCAAAUUAAUUCAGUCCAAGUGAUUUUAAUGUAAGGUCUUUUAAAAACAUAAAAACAACUUCUUUGUUAGGAAUUGAUCAAAAUUUGCCUUUUUAUUUAAGCCCAUUAACUGCCAGUGGUGUUUGAAUUUUUCAAUUACCUAAGCUUGCUAUUCAUCCAAAUCACAUUUAGAGUUAUUCUACACAGUUUAAUGAGUAGAUGUGUGUGAGUAAAUAUUACCUGUCUACCUCAAAAGAUACCUUACUGCUGAAGCAUUCUGUAAAACCACGUUAUCACAAUGCAGUUUUAAGUGUAACAUUAGAAUUUAGGUAUUUUCCUGUGUGGUGAAAGUAAGGAAGGAUUAAACAGUAUGAGCAUCCAAAUUCAAAUAAAAUUAAUUCACAGUUCAGAUUAAACUUAAUAUCGCUGUAAUAAUCUCAUAUUAUAUAUUUGUAACUUUGUAGCUAUCUUUGAAAUCACUUGAAUUUGCUAUGGUGCUAAGUUGAUAUAUUUAAAUAUACAGAGAGGUGGAGAUAAGUCGGAGCCAGUAUUAACAUCUCCAGCUGGUUGCUGACCGCUCUUGUGUGACCCGCUUUUGUAAUCGUGUUAACCUGAUGAAACCUCAGCAGCAAAAGUACCUAUUUUUCUAAGAUGUCCUCCUGCAGACCGCCUUCACUACAGGGCGAUCCCUGGUGGCCUCCGGCCGCUUUGGUCUGACGCGGCCUUAUGAAGACUGCAGCCUGGUGAACCCUGCCGUCGGGAAGCUUCAGGGGUCUCCUUCAUUUUGUCAUGCUUUCAUUUAACAUCAAAAGCCUGAAUUUUAUUUUUUCCAGCAUGAAAGCCAGGAUCAGUUACUGAUUGGACCCUCUGAAGGUUUUAGCAGUGGAGUUGCUGUGGAGGAGUUUCACAGCUGCUGUGCUGGGGAGACUCGUGCUGUUCAGCUCCCGCCCCACAUCGCUGUCAGCACCGGUGGGACCCUCGCUAGACACCGUUUUCAUGGAAAUAGAAAAUUCAGAUAGAAUAUAUAAUAUUAAAUUUAAGAUUUGGGGGGUUAAAAAAAACUUUAUAAAAUUAUUUAUUCUAUUUUAAGCCUUCUAUCGUAUUUUCCCAUCCAAUCGUUUGGUUUCAGUGGUCCAGCUUUAUUUACAGGCAUAUAAAAUGAAAUUGUGAGAUGUUUUGCAAGCUUCUUCUUUUUACUUUGAGUAGCUUUUAAUUUGUAUGUUUUUGUUUUAUAUGGAUGAAGAGCAUUGUUUAUGCUUUUGUGCAAUAGGUUCCAAUAUGCGUUUAUUAGAUGUUUAAAUUGCAAUGUAGCAUCUAUUCUGCUAAAUUGAAAGGGAAUGUAGGUGGAACUUCAAAAUAUAUACAUUCAGCUAUUUGGUUUUUCCUUUUUCAUUGUUGCUAUUAUAAGAACACAGUUAUCAUCAGGAUUGUGCGUGUGCCUGUGCAAGAAUACCUGUCAGCAAUAUUUAAAUAUAAGUGACGGGGCAGGCAGCCGUGAAGUGAUGUGUGGCGCCAUCGUAGGCCAGCCUCAUGGCUGCCCGGGGUUUGUGCCCUCGACCCGCCUGCUCACGGCCCUGGAUGCACCACCCCCGUAGGACCCCACACGUGACGGUGCUACUUCCCCGGGGCUCCUGAGCCUCCAGGCUCGGCCUCCGAUGCCUCCUCGUGGCAUUCCAAGUCUUAGAAAUUCGUUUGGUUCUUUUCUCAAAGCGCACAGGAUAGUGUUUUACAGUGAUUUGAAAUGUGUCAUUGGAUAGGAAUGAGCCAGCUGAUGUCUACGUUGUGCGUGAAUAUUCAAUGUGCUCUCCAAAUAUUGAAAAUAAAUUUAGUGCCGAUAGCAAAAUCACAAAAAACCCAGUUUCUCUGUUUCCUCAGGAAAUCAUUUACACUCCACCGCAUCACACGUGACCUUAGCGUGAUAAACCAGUGUGUUUCUCUGCCUUGGUAUUUAAACACACUCAGUAAAUAUCAAACUACAGCGUAGUCUUUACGAAGAUCCCAUCCCUGCCGGACGGGCAGUGCAUGGCCAGCCCGGGCCAGGGCGUCGUGUGUAACUCACCACGUCCGCGAGCACGUCUGAGGAUGGACUGCAGUGUGGGUGCCCCCAGCGUGUGUAGCAUUAGUGUAAAUGUCUAUCCAGCAACAUAAUUGGGUGUAAGAAAACCAUUUUCCCAAAGGAUGUGGGUUCAGGGUGAGGUGGUGCUGAGCCGGCCCGCCAUGCGUGGCAACGUGGAAGCUGUCGCUGUUUAUGAAGAUGACAAUGCAGAUACAUAUUUUUGACUGUUUAAUUUGAAAGUUUACAUUUUUUAUGCUUUGUGUUGGUGUGUAAUUUUUGUACUCGGUGGCUAGUUUUUGUCUAAAAUCUUUUUUGGAAUAUUGCUUAAACGUUUUGAUUUUAUGAUAGUGAAGCUUGUAUUCAGUGUUUUGCCAAUUAAUAUUAUAUGCUUGUAAUAAAAGCAAAAGAAAAACUUAA